AUGCACGCUACUCGUCGCCGUCGCCUAUGUUCACUCCCCUCCGUCGCCCACGCGACCAUUCUCGCGUCAAUGUCUCACACUUCCCUCCAUCGCCAUAGCUCACUCCCUCUCAUCGCCCUCGCGCACUCCCCUCCCGUCGCCUUCGCGCACUUCCCUCCCGUCGCCUUCGCGCACACCCGUCCCGUCGCCUUCGCGCACUCCCCUCCCAUCGCCUUCGCGCACUCCCCUCCCGUCGCCUUCGCGCACUCCCCUCCAAAGAGGAUGAUCACCCCCCCCCCCGUCGCCCACGCUUCCUUCCUGACGCACGAUCACGCUCCCUCCCCUCCCGUCGCCUUUGCGCGACGCCUCUUUCGCCCCUCCUCACUCUCUUCCGUCGCCCACGCUCACUCCCCUCCCGUCGCCCACGCUCACUCCCCUCCCAUCGCUCAUGCUCACUCCCCUUACGUCAUAAUGGGGACUCCCCGCGCCUUGCAACUCUCCUUCCUCCUGCUACGUCACACCCCACACUCUCGUCUCCCCAUCCCUCAUCUCCCCAUCCCUCGUCUCCCCAUCCCUCAUCUCCCCAUCCCUCAUCUCCCCUUCCCUCAUCUCUCCAUCCCUCGUCUCCCCAUGCCUCAUCUCCCCAUCCCUCACCUCCCCAUGCCUCACCUCCUCAUCUCUCAUCUCCCCAUCCCUCAUCUCCGCAUCCCUCAUCUCCCCAUCCCGCAUAUCCCCAUCCCUCAUCUCCCCUUCCCUCACCUCCCCGUCCCUCAUCUCCCAAUCCCGCAUCUCCCCAUCCCGCAUCUCCCCAUCCCUCAUCUCCCCAUCCCUCAUCUCCCCAUCCCUCACCUCCCCAUCUCUCACCUCCCCAUCCCUCAUCUCCCCAUCCCUCACCUCCCCAUCUCUCACCUCCCCAUCCCUCACCUCCCCAUCUCUCACCUCCCCAUCCCUCAUCUCCCCAUGCCUCACCUCUCCAUCGCUCAUCCAUCCAUCCCUCAUCUCCCCAUGCCUCACCCCAUCUCCGCCGCACCCCGUGGCAUCGUCACACGUCGCCACUUCCCACCUCUUCCUACUUCCCAUCCCCCUCUUCCGCCCUUCCUCCCCCCUUCUCUCAAUCCCUUCCUCUCGCCCUGCCAUCCUACUUCCCAUCCCCCUUUCCUCGUUUCCCCAGACCUCCUUUCCCCAUCCCGUCAUUCACUCUCCCUCCGUUCCCCAUCCUUCCAUUCCCCAUGCCUACUUUCACCAUUCCACCAUACCCCAUUCACCAUACUCCUAACCCCAUCUCCUCCUCACCCCAUCUCCUCCUAUACACAUCCGCUUCUUUCCCCUUCCCUCGUCACCCGCGUCCCCUCCUCUCCCCAUCCCCUCCUCUCACCAUCCCCUCUUCUCCCCACCCCCUCCCGUCCUCUCCCCAUCCGCCCAUCCCACCUCACCACUUCCCUCCUCUUCCCAUCCAUCCUCUCCUCAUCCCUCCCCAUCCGUCCUUUCCCCAUCCGAUCCUCUCACCCUCCCCUCCAGGUGUUUCCCACACCGCCCUCGGCCCAGCGGCACCUCUUCAUCCCUUGUGCUUUUCUGCACCAGGGAGCUGCUUGGGGCGCUGUGGGUGGAUGGCGGUGGGCAGAGUCACACAGCAUAGGCAGACGUGGUGCUGCCUGUCCUCCCUUUCCCCCGUCCUCCCUCCCCAUCCAUCCUUCCCUUCCUCUGUUCCUCUCUUCCUCCAUACGUCCCUUCCUCCAUUUCUCUGUCCCUCUUUUCCCCUGGUCGUCCUUCUGUUUGUCUCCUACCGUAUGA